UUAGUUAGAAUUAAAAAACGAUUAUUUUUCCAAAUUAUUUUUUUUUAUUAAUUUUUUUGCGGCUUAGUUAUUUUUAUAAAAAAUGUCUGUAUUUAAAAAACGUAGAUUUACUUUACGGAAAAAUAAAGACGCACCUUUAUCGCCCGCUGCAGAAGGUGCAGAACCUGAAGAGUCUGCUGAAAGAUCCACGGAGCCCGUUGAACCGGAAUAUGAGAUAAUACCUCCGGUCACAGUGGACGAGGAGGUUCCAACGUUUUUUCAUAUCGGUAGAUGGGCCAAGGAGUGUUUGAUAACUGGCUAUAGGAUCGGUGCUUGGCAUAUCGAUUGCACAAGUCGAUCGGGAGAAAAUAUCUCCUUGUAUAGUUUUGGCACCGGUAAGCCAGACCACAAAACUAUAGUGGGCGGCGUGGGAAUUAAAGAGAAGCUAGGAUACUUGACCUUAACACAGGCUUGGCUGACAGAUGAAUUGAUCGGUAUGCUCGGUGUACAAAAAAAAAUUGACAAUGUGGGUGCGGAGGCCUUGCUUCGCGGCUCAUACAAUCGUUCUGAAUCUGCUUUCAAAGUUGACCUCCAUGGCACCGUUGAGUGUUCGCCCGUCAAGAUAGAAGUGAUUGCUCCCAUUCUUCACACAUCGAAGGUCAUGGGAUACGCUCUUUUACAACCAUUCAAGAGCUGUAUGCUGGCGUAUAGAACCAUCUAUGACUUCGAUCAAAAUGCAUUUUUAAAGCAUGCAUUCGGUGCUGGUUUCUAUAACAACUUUAUCGAACUUGGUAUUAAGCUUGAGGAUUUUCAAGAUGUCCGUGGCUCCAUAUUUCAGCGUUUGGGUCCGAAGUGGGCCAUUGCGUUAAAGGCCUCGCUUUUGGAGUGGAAACGGGUGGAAUAUUCAAUUGGAUGCCAGUGCAUGGUCGAUGAGAGCACGCUGAUUAAGGGCAAAUUAACUUCUGAAGGGUAUUUGGGUAUUGUUUACCAGCAAUUGUUUGCCGAAAAUAUAAGGGUUAUGUACCACUUUGGCGUACCGCUCGCAGAUCCAAUCAAAGGCAACCACAAAUUGGGUAUUUCUUGGAGCUUCAAUUGUUAACUUAUUGCAGACUUUAUGACGAUUUGUAAGAAGGACUUGAGCAAACGUU